GGUGUCCAUUCGCUCAUCAACCUGCUUCGCUGGGAGCAUUCGGUGUGCUUAGAGAACGAGGCCAUAGAACGGCUCCGGUGUGGGCGAUUUCUACGUCCAUCGUCUGCCUGCUUGACGAGCGACCACUUUCUAACGGCCGAUGUCCACUCGACAACCGCUACCUCUGAGGCUAUGGGCAGCAGCACCAGCAUUAAUGGCAGCACUUGUAGCAGCUUCAGCAAUAGAAGUAGCAGCAGCAGUAGCAGCAGCAAUGGCAGCGGAGUAGGCGCAACUGAUUUUGUCGCAAAGUCUCCCUUCAUCGGAUCGGCCCCUUGCUCCCUCGCCGCCAGUCGGCGGCCGCCAGACUCGCACUGGAGCCCGUCCGACCUCUCAGAAAGGCUCAUUUGCCACAUGUCCACCGCAUCCGAGGCCUCAUCUCAUCCGCCCACCUCUCCGCGCCACACCUCCGACCGUCCCAGUCCAGAGGUUCACCCGACCGGCCACAGCACACACAGCAUUCAGGUGGGCCUGGCGGAGGUGUUCCGGACAACCGACGCCGCUCCGAUGCCGACCUCGGUGGGCUCUGGGGCUGGCGGUAAGGAGGCGAGUUUGGCGUUGCGCCGCUACAUUUGCAUGGCGCUGACCAAUUUGACAUUUGGAGUGCCCACCAACAAGGCGAUCGUCUGCCGACGCAGGAUUCAUCUGGAGCCUCUGCUCGCACAGUUGGACACUGAGUGUGAAGAGCUCGUACAGGUGGGUGGGUUGUGCACAACGCAUAUUGGCUCAAAGUCUGACGGAUUGCAAUUAGUUGAGACUAUCAGUGCUUUGUGA